AUGGAGAGGUCGGAGUCUUAUAUUUUCCCGGCCCGUCGCGCACAGUGGAUUGUGAGUGCUUUGGCUUAUAACUAUGGACUGGACAGGGGAGUGGAAAACGAAAUCGUCGUACUGGCCGCAGGACUCGAUCAGUAUCUUCAGGAAAUAUACCAUCACUUGGAUUCCAAUGGGGACCAGAAACUUCCCUGUCAGGAUUUCAAAGUUUUGUGCGAAAUUUUGGGACUACUGGGUGACGGCGAAAACGAUAUAGGGAAUAGUGUAAUUUUGUUCAAAAACUUGCCAGAGGAGUUGGAUUUCAAGGAAUUCCACAUGCGAUUAGGCGAAUAUUUUGCUUCUCGGGGCGAUAAAGCUUACAAGGCCGUGCCUGAGUGCACCCAUGAUACAGAGCACAUCGAUACAGAACUUCGAUUGAGACACCCGAGAACGGGACUGACUCUACAUACAAUGUGCGUCGAAUGUUUCAGCAGCAAACCAAUAACAGACAUAUAUAAAUCGCUUCUGCACGUCCAAGGGAGAGAAGAUAAUACCGAAAACAGCGAGGCUAAUUCGAAGGAGAGUGGCGUGAAGGAACCGGCACAGGGAUCAAAUGAACGGACCCUGGGCGACCAGGUGAGAGAACUGAAACGGGAACUCGUGAAAUCACACGAAGAGAACGAAAGUCUGCGAGAGGUUGUCGAGGACAUGCGACUGGCGCUGCAGAGCAACGACGCAAGGUCACUAGCUUUGCAGGUGGCAUUCAGAAAAACCCACCUACUACACGAGAAAUGCGAAGUCAAAAAAACAAAGUACCGAACACGGUCCCCCCUUACACAGUCCAAAAGCAUCGAAGCGCUGGUCCAGGAGUUGAAUCACCUACGGGAGUCACGUGACAACCAGUUGGAAGAGGCGAUGCGGUUCACGCAACAACUAGAGGCGGAUUUAUUGCGAUCGAGGAGAGAACUUUUAGAACUGGAGUACAAUAAUAACGUGCUAACAACAAAUCAAAGAGCUAUGUACCAGGAAUUGGAGAAGACGAGAAAGACAGUGAGCGAAAGUUUAUCAAAAGUGCGAUGUUUAGAAGGACGUGCCCGCCAAAACGCCGAAACUCAACAGUGCAAAAUAUUGGAACUGGAGCAGCGACUGGCUCCCUGUACCAGUGCGAGUGAAAGCAACAUUGAAGAAACUGAUACAGGGUGCAAAGAAAAUGAUGAUAAUGUCAGUGACCAAUCAGAACGCAUCUCUCCAGCAGGUGACUCAGACACUUCAGGCGGUGACAACCAAUCAGAAAGCAGCAUUAGCAGUGAAGAGCAGUUGUUCCGGGCAGUUGAAGGAAGAGCAGCUUCAGAUGAAGAGAGUCAGUGGCAGGAAAACAAACAUGAAGAUGAUUACAAGCAGAUAGACGAUGAUGAUGAAGAAGAAGAACAAGAAGAUGAAGAAGAUAACUAUAUCACUAUGGAGAAGAUGAGAAUAAGAAUUGAAGAGUUGACUGAACAAGUUCAGCAAAUGGAAGACGCAAGACUAGCAGCUGAAGAAGAAACAGAAGGGGUAUGUGCAACACAUCCUUCACCUUUGAUCUCAGAAAUCACCAAUAAAUUUAGGACAAAAAAGCAUAAAAGUCUUUCAGAACUGAACAUAAAAACUAUUACCAUUCCUUUAAAAGUCUUAUAUAUUAGAAAAACUAAAGGAUUUGGGUUUUAA